UGUUGUCACUUGUCUUGUCAAAUCGCUUUGACGUGUAAUAGUGCAGCUGUCACAAAAUAUUACGAUUUGUUUUCCUAUUUUCCUAAUAAUGAGAAAGAAAAAGUCGUGCGAAGUGAAUAAGGACUAAGUUUUACAAUUUUAUCGAGGGACGUUAAUUUAAAAACAAAAUGGUUUUAAUGACAAUGAUCGCUAGGGUCGUUGACGGCCUGCCGUUAGCAGCUACAAUGCAAGAAGAUGAGCAGAGCGGCUGCAAUGUACUGGAGUAUCAAAAUCAAGCUAAAAUGCUGUUUAGGAAACUAGGUCCCCAGUCACCAAUUCGCUGCUCCAUAGAAACUGGGCCCUACCUCUUUCAUUAUUUAAUAGAGAAUGAGAUCUGUUACCUGGUGCUCUGUGAAAGAAACUAUAGUAAACGACUUGCAUUCAGCUACUUAGAGGAGAUAGCACAAGAGUUCUUCCACCAAUACGGGAAAAGUGUAAACACAGUGACAAGGCCGUACACAUUCAUAGAGUUCGACACGUGGAUGCAGCGCGCACGCAAACAGUAUGCGGAGGGCGGGGCGCGCGCGCGGCGGCCGGCCGCGGCGGCGCAGCUCGGCGGACAACUGGGCGAUGUCCAGCGCAUCAUGAUGCAGAACAUUGAUGAUGUGCUGCAACGAGGCGCUGUGCUCUCAGAAUUAGACACAAAAACACAAAACCUUUCGAUGAUGUCACAGAAAUACAAGAAGGAUGCCACAUACUUGAACACAAAGUCAAUGCUGGUUAAAGUGACAGCGGGAGCCGUCAUCCUGCUGGUGUUUGUGCUCUACUUCUGGGUUCUCUAACCUCACACUGACAACAAUCAAUAUUGUGAUGAUUGUACUCUGUGCUAUGCAAUAACAAUAUUAUGGUCAAUAAUAAGUCUUAGAAAUUAAUACAAUUUUAAGUAACUCUUUUAUAUUUCUGAAAUUACUCAAGAAGGCAUGAUGUAACACACAGUUAAAAUGUUUCUAUUUCUGUGUAAAUAAUUGAGUUUCUGCAAGUAUUUUAACUUAGCUUUUGUUAAUAAUAAAUAUUAUCUCUGAGUAAUCAGAAUUGAACUAUAUUUUCAAUAUGAAGGAUUUUUCACGAAGAAAUCUCCAACAUAUACCUCAAAAGUUGUUAUAACUUUACUUAUCUUCUUCUAUUCUGUAGCUAUUCUUUGUAACUACAAUCUUUCAUUCUAAAAAACAUUAACAUAUGCGGAUUCAGUAAACUAUUAAGUAAAUAUGCUUAUAAUACUUUCAUCACAAUAUUAGCAGAAGCAAUGUGGUUUGUAAAUGUAUUUUGUAUCCCGACUGACAUUUUCAAUAUAUUAGUAAAAGCUGUUCUUUCAAAUCAUUCCAACAUGUUCACAAUAUUAUAAAACUCGAAACUUAUUAUAAAAUUGUAAGGUUUUAGCAACUUUCAUGUUAGUUAAAAAUUUGAAAAUAGUUUAGCAUGAAUAAGCUAUCAAAAAUUGUAAAAUAGCUUCAGAUAACAUUUCAAUUACAUUGAGACAGCUUUAGACUUCUUGGAAUUUUGUAUUGUAAUUUGUAAUGCUUUAGAAAUUAUAGAAUGUUUUAUUGCUUUUGUCACAUCCUUAUUCUAGCUUGAUGUUAAAUAUUUGCCUUAUUAUUGGUACAAAAUAUCUUAUAAAAUUGUGAAUUAGAUAUUUUUCUAGUAUUACAAUUACACAAACAUUUCUCCGAGUUGCAUAACUUGUCAAUAAUUUUGCUAAACCCACAUGGAUGGUGAUGGACUGUAUAUUAUGUGUUAAUUGUAUUUAAUUAAAUAAAUGCAUAAUUUUGA